AUGGCUGUUGAUUCAAAAUACGCUCAUUUAAGUGGAAUUGCUUAUGACCAACCUGAUGUGUAUGAGACUUUCGAAUUGCCAGAAGAUGACCAACAACUUGAUUAUGCAGAAGAGGACAAUGAAGAUAUCGAACGCGUCAAAUUGGUUCCAACUGAAGCUUACAAACACUUUAAAGACAAAGUUGUCAGCUCAGACAAUAUAGACUUUUCUGAUAAAUUGGGCAGGUCGAUAAAAACUGGAUAUAAUUCAAACCAACUUUGGGAAUUAGCUGCACAGGGAGAAAAAGAAACUCCAUUACAAAAGUAUUAUAGAUUGAAGUUGGAAACUGAAGAAUUGGUUCAAGAAAUAAGUACUUUGCAGGAAAAUAAAAAUGAUCUUGAUGAGCAAUCAUGUACUAACAUAGGGUCUCAAGUACAAGAUGUUUUACUGAAAUUGUCUACAUUAAAUAUAGAGAAGUCUUUUGAACAACAAUUAGGAAAAUUAGGAAUAUCUGAAAUUGAUAAUUUACAAAAGUAUUUAGAAACUGUUACCGAGUUGCUCAAUAAACGACCAGAAAGCAGUGAUAAAACACAAGUUACAUCAGAAUGUGUUUCUGAGGCUUUGAAUUUCCAAGCACUAAUAAGACCUAAUAGGGCUCAACUUGAUCAAGUUUCUCAAAUUUCUCGAUUAGAAGAACGUUUGCGUAAAUUGGAAGCAACAAUUGGAACUGGUGCUUUAACACUGAAACGUUUAGGUGUUUGUGAAAGUGGAGGUUUGAUUGAGGCUGUUCGACUAUUAUUAGGGCAGCUAUCUGUUCUUAACCCAACUCAAUUGGAUGCAGUAGAUACUAGAGUCUCCAAUUUACUACCCAAACUUGAACAAACAGCAGCAAAACUAGAUUCUCAAGAUCCUGAAAAAGAUAAAAAAAUAAAUGAGCUAUAUGAAAUAAUUUUAAAAGCAACUCAAGAGUCACAUUUAUUACCUGAAGUUCUACAAAGGAUGGUAGCAUUAGAAUCACUGCACCAAAAAGUUGGAAAAUUAGUGAUGACAAUUAGUAACCUGAGUGCCCAGCAUACAGAAAAUUCUCAAAAUAUUGAAAAAAACGAAGAGUUUCUUAAAACUAUAGAAUCUCACAUUAAUCAAAACAUGGUUAAAAUGAAUUCUAAUAUGAAAUCUUUGUACGAACGAGUGGAAAUUGUUGCAGAAAAAUUAAAACAAUCUGAAGCUUAA